UGAGUUACUUUCAUCAUUGAUUUUGGCAACCUUACGGCAAGAUAUGACUUUCAGCAAAUGCGAUAAUUUGACGCAAGAAGAGCGCCUAAAUCGACUUUUUCUGUUUAUGUUUGAAGAAACUCUUACAACAAAUUACACUUGUUUUACCACUCUCUGUGUUCUGUUACAAUGUCUGAAAAUGAAAUUGAGGACAAGUCUAAAAAAAUAUUUAAUAAGUUUAUUGAUGCAGUCAAGGAUCGUAUUCAGCCUGAUAAACAAGUUUCCAUUCCAGCAUUUUUACGCAAAAAAUAUGAAAAGGCUGCGGUGAAAUAUACAUCUUCAAAGGAUUUUCAACACAUGAUUCUAGAACAUUUGAUAAACAUCAGAAAAAGGAAAGGAUCAAUAUACACACACAUCCACGAAGUUGUAGGUAUACUAAAUGCUUCGAAACAGAAAAAUGGAGAAAUAAAUAGUAAAUCAAACUCUGAUCAUAAAUAUGAUGAAUUGGAAGAAAAUACUGGAGAAGGAACAUCAGUUGAUGAUGAAACAAACACAAAAUCUCGGCGUAAAAAGCAAAAAAAGCAGAAGCGUAGAGUAAAAAAGCUGGAAUUGCAUUUGAAAGAAUUAUCAAAAGAAAUCAAGCGGUUAGGUGAGAAAGAGUUAACCCUUGAAGAUAUGGAUGAUGAAGAGUCAGAUCAUAUAAUGGAACAUAGACUCAAGUUACGCUUCAAUCGUGUCUGGGAAAAGCUGUGUGAACUUAAAGGUCUUCCACCAAGCACUGGUAGAGUUACUGAGCAGUACUUGAUAUUUGAGGGAACUCGCUUUAAGGAAAUUAACCAGAAACUUGAGAAGUUGAUGAACUCCUCAGAAUUUCCUAACUUCAAGGAUAUUCUUGUAGUUGUAAGGAAAGUAAACAAAAGAAAAAGUCUGAAUCUGAGUGAUAGAGAACUCUCUGACAUUGCAGAGACAUCCUUUAAAACCAUUGGUAAUCGUUUACAGCAACGAAGAGAGGUUGAUCUUGCUUACAACUUUGGAUCACAUGUAACAGAAAGUUUUAAAAUUGCAGAUGAUCCUGCAAGAUCCGAUCCAGAGUUAAAUAAGAAACUGAAAGAAAAUCACAAACUUGGCAAGGAAAGAUUAGAUAAAUGGAUAAGUAAAUGCUCAGAAAAGCAAGAUUUAGGUGAGGAUUAUGCAACUGGAUCAAGCCAUGAUGAACCACCAACAAAACGAAUUAAGAAAGAUAGCAGCAGUGAAAGCUCUGAUGAGUCUGAGAAAGAAGAUGAAGAGGAUGACAAUGAGGAUGAGGAUGAGGAUGACAAGAAAUUGGAGGAAGAAAUUAUUUGGGAUGAUAACCUAGAUGAUGAACUAGAGGGAAGCACCAGUGAGGAUGAGGAAGAAGUUGUCACCUCAUCAAUAGCUUCAAGUGAGGUGAAUACUGAGGAUGAGCAAUUUUUACCUGAUCAGAAUACAUUCAGUUAUCAGAAAAGUGUGGAGAAUGAUAGUGGAGUGCAAUGCACUAAUAUUGUGAUGGCUAAUCCAAGCACCCAGAUGACUAAUCCAAGUAACCAGGUGGUUAAUCCAAACACCAAGGUGGCUAAUUCAAAAAGCCAGGUGGAAAGUACUCAGGCACCCAAUCCAAGUACAAAAGUGGCUAAUCUAACUAGCUCCACAGAUGAUUAUCUUAAAUGUGAGCUAACUGAUUGCAAAAUGGAUGUCAAAGUUCAAUCACCUCAAGAGGUUACAAGUUCUACAAGUCCAAAGCAACAGUCUGAAGUGAUGGACUCACCAAAGGUGACAGAAGCUUCACCAGACAUCAUUGUUCUAUCUAGCUCGGAUGAAAGUCCACCAAAUUCUCCAGUUAAUAAACGCUAUAACCGUAUGAUGGGGUGUGCGAAGGAUAUACCACCUCCAGUUUCCUCAGAGGAGGAAGACUGUAUAUAUAUAUCUGAUUAAGAUAACUGACAUGACUUUGUCUAUUGACUUUGUGUUCAUACAUCUAUCAAUCUGUAUCUGUGUCUGUCUACAUCCAUCUGUCUUCAGGUACAUCCAUUUGUCUC